AGAAAGGGGUGGAGCUCGUACCUACAUGACCUUCAAGAAAGACACAAUGUACAGGAAGAGAGACUACAUGUUGACUGGAGAAAAAGUUCUUCUUGUUCCUUAUUCAGCUCACCAUGUGGACAAGUAUCACAGUUGGAUGCAAGAUCCAGUGCUGAGGGAGUUGACUGCGUCUGAGCCUCUCACACUCGAGCAAGAACACCAAAUGCAACAGUCCUGGAUGAAAGAUGAGAACAAAUGCACGUUCAUCGUACUAUCUAAAGAGAUCUACAUCGACCCCUCAAGGACUGAAAUUGAUGCAAUGGUUGGAGAUGUGAAUCUAUUCUUCUCGGAAAGUCAAGAAGGUGGACCAAACUACACCUGUGCAGAAAUUGAUAUCAUGAUUGCUGAGCAAUCAUGCCGAGGGAACGGAUUAGGAUCAGAGGCAGCAAGGCUAAUGAUGGCAUUUAGUAUUAUUGAACUUGGAGUAAAUAAAUUCCAAGCCAAGAUUGGAAGGACUAAUAAACCCAGUCAAAAUCUGUUCAAAUCGCGGCUUGGAUUUAGUGAGGUAUCCUUCAGUGAAAUUUUUGACGAAAUCACUCUGGAAAUUGCCAUUAAGAAUGAACAGUUACCGCAAUUCAAGCCUUUGUGUAAUUGGACUAAGUAUGAACAAAUGUAGUGUAUAAUGUCAUGUGUUCGUAUACGAUUGUUUAUGUCUAGUCUUGCGGCAUUCUUGAUAAUCAACCAAACAAUGA